CUCUAUCUCAUUUCCGUCUUCGUUUUUCAGAUUUUUACCCCUUUCUCUCGCUUACUCUGUGCUAGGGUUUGGAAUUUCGGUUUCUCUUUUCCCAAGUUACCCUCGUUUGACGCUCGCUUUGUUUGAUCGGCGAUAACUCAUUACAAACCCCAAGGUUUUCGCUAAGGUUUACUCGCUAUGGCGGCGACGAUGGUGAGCUCGGCCGGUGGCUUACUGGCCAUGUUGAACGAGAGUCAUCCCUCCUUGAAAUUGCACGCACUUUCUAAUCUCAACAGCUUCGUUGAUCAGUUCUGGCCUGAGAUCUCCACUAGUGUCCCCAUAAUAGAAAGUUUAUAUGAGGACGAAGAGUUUGAUCAGCAUCAGAGGCAAUUGGCUGCAUUGUUGGUGUCCAAGGUUUUCUAUUACUUGGGUGAACUUAAUGAUUCCUUGUCAUAUGCCCUUGGAGCUGGUUCCUUGUUUGAUGUUUCAGACGAUUCUGAUUAUGUUCAUACACUUUUAGCUAAGGCUAUAGAUGAAUAUGCCAGUAUCAAGUCAAAGGCAGCUGAAUUGAACGAUGAAGCAGCAAAUGUGGACCCUAGGUUGGAGGCAAUUGUGGAAAGAAUGCUGGAUAAGUGUAUUACGGAUGGAAAAUACCAACAAGCUAUGGGAAUUGCAAUUGAAUGCCGGAGACUGGAUAAACUUGAGGAAGCAAUUACUAGGAGUGAUAAUAUACAUGGGACUUUGUCAUAUUGCAUUAAUGUCUCUCAUUCCUUUGUUAAUCGUAGAGAAUAUCGGCGUGAGGUGCUUCGUCUUCUUGUUAAAGUAUACCAAAAGCUGCCUUCUCCAGAUUAUUUGAGUAUCUGUCAGUGUCUCAUGUUCUUGGAUGAACCUGAAGGUGUUGUGAGUAUAUUGGAAAAGCUUCUCCGUUCCGAAAAUAAGGACGAUGCUUUAUUGGCGUUUCAAGUAGCCUUUGAUCUUGUAGAAAAUGAACACCAAGCUUUUCUCUUGAAUGUGAGAGAUCACCUUCCUGUACCCAAAUCUCUACCUUCAGAGUCCACUGAAUCAGCUCCUGCUCAAAAUGAAAGCACUGCUGCUGCAGAGGAUGUUCAAAUGACAGAUGGAACCCCUGCUUCUAAUGCAAAUGUGCAGGAAACAGAUCCAAAAGAAGUGAGUUACGCAGAGAGACUGAACAAAAUCAGGGGAAUUUUGUCUGGAGAGACAUCAAUACAGUUGACUUUGCAAUUCUUAUAUAGUCAUAACAAGUCUGAUCUUUUGAUUCUGAAGACGAUAAAGCAGUCAGUUGAGAUGAGAAAUAGUGUUUGUCAUAGUGCAACAAUUUAUGCAAAUGCAAUUAUGCAUGCUGGAACAACUGUGGAUACGUUUCUCAGGGAGAAUUUGGACUGGUUGAGCAGAGCCACUAACUGGGCUAAGUUUAGUGCAACUGCCGGGUUAGGUGUUAUUCAUAGAGGCCAUCUGCAGCAGGGAAGGUCACUGAUGGCACCUUACUUGCCCCAGGGUGGGUCUGCUGGUGGUGGCAGUCCAUACUCAGAAGGUGGUGCUCUGUACGCUUUGGGUCUCAUUCAUGCCAACCAUGGUGAGGGCAUUAAACAAUUCCUCCGUGAUAGCCUACGCAGCACUACUGUGGAGGUUAUUCAACAUGGUGCCUGCUUAGGUCUUGGCUUGGCAGCUCUAGGAACUGCUGACGAAGAUAUUUACGAUGAUAUAAAAAAUGUGCUUUAUACUGACAAUGCUGUUGCUGGUGAAGCUGCUGGCAUCAGUAUGGGUCUGCUCAUGGUCGGAACUGCUAGUGAGAAGGCAGGCGAGAUGCUUGCUUAUGCACAUGAGACACAGCACGAGAAGAUCAUUAGGGGCUUAGCUUUGGGCAUUGCCCUUACAGUGUAUGGAAGGGAAGAAGAAGCAGAUACAUUAAUUGAACAGAUGACUCGUGAUCAAGAUCCCAUACUGCGCUAUGGAGGUAUGUAUGCGUUGGCAUUGGCCUACAGUGGAACAGCUAACAACAAGGCCAUUCGUCAGCUGCUACACUUUGCAGUGUCAGAUGUGAGUGAUGAUGUUAGGAGGACUGCUGUUCUAGCACUUGGGUUUGUCUUGUACUCUGAGCCAGAGCAGACUCCUCGAAUUGUCUCUCUGCUAUCUGAGUCGUACAAUCCACAUGUCCGAUAUGGUGCGGCUCUUGCCGUAGGCAUUUCCUGUGCGGGUACUGGCCUGAGUGAGGCUAUAUCAUUGCUAGAGCCUCUGACUUCUGAUGUUGUUGAUUUUGUUCGUCAAGGUGCCCUCAUUGCCAUGGCUAUGGUCAUGGUCCAGAUUAAUGAAGCCAAUGAUUCUCGUGUUGGAACCUUCAGGCGACAAUUGGAAAAAAUAAUUCUUGACAAGCAUGAAGAUACUAUGAGCAAGAUGGGAGCAAUCUUGGCCUCUGGAAUUCUUGAUGCUGGUGGAAGGAAUAUGACUAUAAAAUUACUUUCCAAGACAAAACAUGAUAAAAUUACUGCAGUUGUUGGUCUUGCUGUUUUCAGCCAGUUUUGGUAUUGGUAUCCCCUUAUAUAUUUCAUAAGCUUGUCGUUCUCACCAACUGCUCUUAUUGGACUCAACUAUGACUUGAAAGUUCCCAAGUUUGAAUUCUUAUCGCAUGCAAAACCUUCCUUGUUUGAGUAUCCAAAACCAACUACUGUGCCCACCGCUACGUCAGCUGUAAAACUUCCCACUGCUGUUCUGUCAACAUCAGCAAAGGCCAAAGCUAGGGCUAAGAAAGAGGCAGAGCAGAAAGAGAAAGUGAAUAAUGAAAAGACUGAGGCUGCUGGAAAAGGAAAAUCAUCUAGUGAAAAAGAAGGGGACUCUAUGCAGGUUGAUACGCCACAGGAGAAGAAAGCAGAGCCUGAGCCAUCUUUUGAACUUUUGACCAACCCAGCCAGGGUGGUUCCUGCUCAGGAGAAGUUCAUCAGGUUUCUUGAAGACAGCAGAUAUGUGCCAGUGAAGUCAGCACCUUCAGGGUUUGUUCUCCUGAGGGACUUGCGUCCUAACGAACCUGAGGUGCUCUCGCUCACCGAUGCACCUUCAUCCACGCAAUCACCUGCUGGUGGCUCAACUACAGGACAACAAGGUUCAGCUUCUGCCAUGGCUGUUGAUGAAGAACCUCAACCGCCGGCACCUUUUGAGUACACCUCAUGAUGUGGCCAUCAUUUCGGGUAAUGUAUGUGAUUCUCAUUGUCUUAUGUGGAGAAUUGUGAUAUCCUAUGUGGAGUAAAAAAUGAAAUGGAAGUAAUAUGUGGAGGAAAGAGUCAAAUCGGUGGAAGCAACUUAUACCACAAUGCAAUCAACUGUCACAAUGCUCUGGGCUUGGUGAGGAACUGAGGUUGAGUUUGCAGGCUGUCAACUGUUUAUUUUUAUAUUUUUAUUAGUUUGAUAGUAAUGUCUGAAGUUAAGUUCGAUGGGGAACGGAAGAAGAAAUCUGUAUUACAUUUGAUGUAUGUUGGAAAACUUCUGCCCUGGUUAGACAUUGUUUUUUUUUUCUUUUUUCCCCCUCAUAAUCUUUUGAUCUUGGGAAACUUCUUCCCUGUAAUUGACUGAACAGGGCCAAUGUUAUAUUGGUGUGUUUCCGUCGUUAGUUUUCUAUCAAAAAAAGAGAAACCUCAUGAA